AUUGGCCAACCUUGACCCAAAGGAUUACGAACGGUUCAACGGUGGCUUUAUCAGCACUAACAAUAGUGGCUUGCAUAUUUGCCAUCAUCCAAGAAGAGCGAAGCCAAUCUCGUUGAAACUUAGCAGUCCAAGAAGCCGCUCAGGUUAUCCCAGAGAGAAUGGCCAUAACACUCAACAGUGGGUUCAAGAUGCCCGUUGUGGGUCUUGGUGUUUGGCGUGUCGAAGGCAGAGAAAUGAGGGACCUCAUCAUCAACGCAAUCAAGAUCGGUUAUCGCCAUUUCGAUUGUGCCGCUGAUUACAAGAAUGAAGCAGAAGUUGGGGAGGCACUUGCAGAAGCAUUUCAGACUGGACUUGUGAAGAGGGAGGAUCUUUUUAUCACCACAAAGCUUUGGAAUUCAGACCAUGGACAUGUUGUCGAAGCCUGUAAAGACAGCCUUAAGAAGCUUCGGCUAGAUUAUCUGGAUCUGUACCUUAUUCACUUCCCUGUAGCUACCAGGCAUACUGGAGUGGGUAACACCGGCAGUGCUUUGGAUGAGGAUGGUGUGCUGGACAUAGAUACAACCAUAACCCUGGAAACUACCUGGCAUGCUAUGGAAGAUCUGGUUUCAAUGGGUUUAGUUCGCAGCAUUGGGAUCAGCAACUAUGACAUCUUUCUAACUAGAGAUUGCUUAGCUUACUCCAAAGUGAAGCCUGCUGUGAAUCAAUUUGAAACGCACCCCUAUUUUCAACGCGAUUCCCUCGUCAAAUUCUGCCAGAAGCAUGGGAUUUGUGUUACAGCUCACACCCCUCUAGGAGGUGCUGUGGCCAACAAUGAAUGGUUUGGUACAGUUUCGUGUUUGGAUGAUCCAGUUCUCAAAGGAUUGGCUGCAAAAUACAAAAGAACUGUGGCCCAGAUUGUUCUUCGAUGGGGCAUCCACCGUAACACGGUUAUCAUUCCAAAGACAGCCAAACCGGAGAGAUUGGAAGAGAAUUUCCAAGUUUUUGACUUCGAGCUAAGCAAGGAGGACGUGGACCUGAUCAAAAGUUUGGACAGGAAAUAUCGAACCAAUCAGCCUGCCAAGUUUUGGGGCAUUGACCUGUUUGCAUAAUUACUUCCAUAUUCUGAUUCUGCAAGAAUAAGAGUUUUGGAGCUAUUGGACAUCCUCUGGAUUUGUACUGCCGUAGUAAACAUUUAAGUGAUAUUUAAUUUAGUUCCUUCUCUGUAGCUCUUUGGAUCUUUGCUGUGUGAAAGCCUUUUUGUUAUCCA